AUGUCGACGAGCGGUCUCAAAGCAAUUUCGCCGGUCCCAACGGCAACCGACUUCCUGGACAUCGUGCUGUCCAAAACACAGCGCAAGACACCGACUGUUAUCCACAAAAACUUUAAAAUCAGUCGGAUAAGGAACUUUUACAUGCGCAAAGUCAAGUUUGCGCAAGAUAUAUUCGACGAGAAACUCGGUGCCAUCCUGACUGAAUUCCCUAUGCUUGACGACCUUCACCCGUUCUUAUCUUCAUUGAUGAACGUGCUUUACGACAAAAACCAUUACAAACUUGCCUUGGGUCAACUACGGACGGCUCGCCAUUUAAUCGACCAUGUCGCAAAAGACUACGUCCGCCUGCUCAAAUUUGGAGACAGUCUGUAUCGGUGUAAACAGCUCAAGAAAGCUGCUCUCGGUCGUAUGGCAACAAUCAUGCGACGCCAAAAAGACCCCCUUGCAUACCUUGAGCAAGUCCGCCAACACAUCUCCCGUCUUCCCAACAUCGACCCCAACACACGCACGCUCCUCAUCUGCGGCUACCCCAACGUCGGCAAAUCGUCCUUCAUCAACAAGGUUACCCGCGCAGAUGUCGAUGUGCAACCGUACGCUUUCACCACCAAGUCUCUGUUUGUCGGCCAUUUGGACUACAAGUACCUCCGAUGGCAGGUUAUUGAUACCCCGGGUAUCCUCGACCACCCACUCGAGGAUAUGAACAAUAUUGAGAUGCAGAGUAUCACCGCUAUGGCGCAUCUGAAGAGCUGUAUUUUGUACUUUAUGGAUCUCAGCGAGCAGUGCGGCUACUCUGUUGAAGCUCAGUGCAAAUUGUUCCACUCCAUUAAACCCCUGUUCUCCGGCAAACCCACCCUUCUUGUCAUCAACAAAAUCGACGUCAAAAGGCUCGAAGACGUGCACCCAGACACUCGCGCCAUGGUACAGGAAAUCAUCGACCUUCCCGAUGUGCAAUGCGCUCAAGUAUCCUGCUACUCCGAGGAAGGCGUGAUGGAAGUCAAAAACAAAGCCUGUGACGCGCUGCUCGCGCACCGCGUGGACACCAAGAUGAAGGGCAGCAAGAUCAACUCGGUCAUCAACCGCAUACACGUCUCUCAGCCUAAGCCCAGAGACGAUGUCGUUAGGGCACCGUUUAUACCCGAUGCGGUAAAGGAGAGGAAGAAGUACGACAAGAACGAUCCCGAGCGCAGGACGCUGCAACGCGAUAUCGAGGCAGCGAAUGGCGGUCCCGGUGUGUACAACAUCAACCUGAAGCAGGAUUAUAUCCUGGCCAACCCAGAAUGGAAAUUCGACAUCAUGCCCGAGAUCUGGCAGGGCAAAAAUAUCGCCGACUUCGUCGAUCCCGAUAUCGAAGAGAAGCUCGAGGCGCUCGAACGCGAAGAAGAGAAGCUCCAAGCCGAAGGGUUCUACGACAGCGACUCGGACAUCUUCAACUCGGACGACGAGCGCGAGGCCGCCGAGGCAUCCAUCGCACUCAGCCACAAAAUCAAAUCCCAAUCCAUCAAAAAGUCGAAAAAGAACCAAGCCCGCUUGCCGCGCACCGCGACGCUGCGCACGCUUACGGAGCUUACGGAGGAGAUGACCAAGGCCGGACUCGACCCGAGCCGCAUCCAGGAGCGCGCAGAGAUGCUCGCCAAGGUGCAGGGCGCAAAGCGAAAGCGCGCGCAAGAGGACGAAGAUGUGGAUAUGGACGACGACGAAGACGAGGAUGCGGACUCGGACUCGGACAAGGCGGAGGGAGGGGAGAACUGGAUGGAUGUGGACGACGAGGAGGGCGCACCCAAGAAGCGUGUCAAGACAAACUCUGGAGCAGUCGUCAACAAGCGUGUGCCCAGGUCAAAUCGCCAACUGGCUGGUUUGCGCGACGAGGCGCAAUACGACAAGGCCAACGAACUCCGCAACCUUGGACAGCGGCCCCGCAAUAUGUUGGCCAAAGCCGGAGAAGCAGAUCGUCACAUCCGCAUCAAAAUGCCCAAACAUCUGUUCGCCGGGAAACGCAAAGCAGGAAAAACACAAAGAAGAUAG